AUGAAACAUGAUAACCUGCUACUGCAUAACCUGCCCUAACACUGCCAAGCAAAUGAGGGACCUGAAGUUCCAUCAAGAACCUUCAAUUUGAAUGUAGUACUAACUCCAUUUCAAAUUCCUUGCUGGCCGACUGUCUCAAAAGACAGAUAUAAAGAGUUCAGGAAAUUCCUCCAUUGCUGCAAGCUUCCCUGAGGAGCAGGGAAGAAGCAUGGAGGACUUGCUCUAGGUGUACUGCCAGAAGACAACUGAGCAAGGGAAAAGGAUUUCCAAGUACAUUUGUUAAUGGAUGUACACCUCAUGGUAGUGGACAAGACCCUCAGCCAAUGCACCCAAACCAGCUCAGAGUGCUCGAGAGGCCUUCCUACUGAAUGAUACUACGAUGUCACUCAGCUGGCAAAAAAAAAAAGUGAUGUGUGUAUGAAUGACGAACUGCUUCCCAAACCACCAGACACUUUGUCUAGAUCAUUGUGCCUGUCAUUUUCCUCCUCUCACCCCUAUCCUACACACAUAUCUAGGUACACCAUGUUUCCAAACUUCAUUUCACUUGAGGGUUGCAACACUGGGAUCAAUUCAAGCAGUCAUCAACCUUUCCAUCCCCAAGCUCAAAUACAACUCCAUUUUAAGGAGCUCAAACAUAACUUUUCUCCAAGAAUAACCAACACGCUACAAAACACUGAAAGGGCUCUGGAGAUCACAACACACAGUCAGAUCUUCACAGGGCACCUGCUACUUUCUUCAUACAGAAACAUUUCUGCUGGUCUGUCACAAGUGACACCUCCUGAAGGGUGCACUGCAUGCUUACUUCAAGGUGAACACCCCCAUGAAUCAAUUCUGCAAAUACAGUACUCCUUCAGAUGCCUUCACCUGUACUCAGCAUUCCCACUUUUGUCACCAGCUACUAAGCUUUCAGGAAGGCCCAAACUUGAACCCCUUCCAAAAUCUGCAUGUUCACUUUCCUACAAAGACUUCAAGCCCAGAUAUUUGCAUCAUACAAUAUUGGAAAACCCAGUCAGCCUAAGUAAGCCAAGCUUACCACUGGAUGUCAAGCACGAAUAAAGUGGAAUUUUGUUGCACAGACUUUGCCAUCACAAAACAUGUCUGCCUGUAGAAACAGAGGAUGGGCCAAAAGAGAUAACACUGCCUGAAUGGAUCCCCAGCUGUGAAGUUCCUCAGCUCCAGACAGUUCCUACAGAGCUGCAACAUUCUUUCUCUAUGACAGCAGCACAAAAACAUUUACAUGAUUCCAUAAAAGGAGAGGAAAAAAAUCCUCACAGGUAA